AUGGAAGAACACGACGAGCGAACGAGCCUUGUCCGCUCCAACGGCACUUCUAACAGAGUCGGUUCUCCUUCCCACAACAACAACAACAACAACAACGGUCUUGGACUCUUUCAAACCUGGGCAGCCAAGGUCCUACGCGAGAAUCAAGAGUCGCCCGUUGUCAACUGGGUGCAAAACGCACGGGUUGCCAAGACGUUUAUGAUGAUCAUCAACGUCGUUCUUGCUGUCUUUGCCUUUCUCUUGAUGGGCGUAGAGAUGAUGGAGAUGGCGCUACGUGAACCUAUUCUGGACUACUUGCUUCCAGAGAGUGAGAUGACGCUCUUGGCUGCAGGCUUGACGAUUGUGGUAGGAGCCUUUGGAUUCGCGGUCGCGUAUAACCUCUUGGUGGAGGAUACUGCGAACGACCGAUACGACAGGGAGAAUGACGAGGGACGCCAAGGCAACGGCUCUGGUGGGGAUGGACGAGAUUCAGGACCACGGACCUCAACUCAAUCUCACUCCACUGAUAACAUGCUUGGACAGAACAACAACCCGCCUUUGGUUGUACAGCAGCAGGCCAGGGGUCCAAGGCUCAUGUUCACGAAGACUUCGACUUAUCUGCUGAACGGUAAUACCAUCUUGCUUGUCGUAGUCCUUGUUGUCUUUACGAUAUCUAUUGUGCAACGGUCUGUCCACCUCUCCCAGAUGGACAAGGAGUUGAACAGUGCAUGGACGGACGCGAUCCGUCAUCGCACACAACAAAUAAGCGAUUUUGAGCUCCGUCAUCAUUGCUGUGGAUUCGUCUCUAUCUCCGACAGACCCUUUCCACCCAAGGACAAACCCGACACGCCGCCCGGCGAACUCAAAACUUGCAGUGAGAAUGGUUCUUACGGAUUCAAAGUACCUUGCAAGGCUGAGCUCUCCAAGGACUUUGCGCGAUGGCAAACAAGGAUCCAACAACUCUUGCUUGUUCAAGUGACCAUGCUGGUGCCGCUGUUGUUGUUGGUCAUGACCCUUUCUGCAAUCGGAUUCUCGAAACGCACGGAACGCAAGCAAGAAAGACCCGACGACGCAGAGGCACAGGCAGAGGCAACAGGAGUCGUGCCAGUGUUGGAUGGAAGAGGAGUGGGUGUGCAGUUCGAACGCCCACUGUUGGGAGACGUGGAGCCCUCGACACCAUUCCUGGUGAAUAUCGAGGGUGAGCCAGUGAGACAGACUAACGAUCGACCCGUUGUGCAGCCAAGUCUGAUUUGA